AUGCUGUCACUACUCUUGCCGCCGGCGAGCUCCUCCGGCGUAUCCGCCGUCGCACUGCGGCCAGGUUUUCAGCAACGCCUCUCAACUCGCCCCAUUCCCUUGUUUAAUCCACUUGUCCUGGCCCCGAAGAGGAGAGCCACCAUCUCUUCGUACCAAUCGCCAUCGUCUCCGCUUGUCUAUGGUAUCCAAAUCCGAGGAUCUAAACCUAGUUUCGCACCAUCCACGGUGGCGUCUUCCUCUCCGACGUCUCCUGGUUCCGUUUCCGGAGAUAUUGAGGUCGACAAAGCAAAGCUCGCUCAGGUUGCAAAGAGAUUGGAGAAGACUUCAAGAUACUUCAAGAGGCUGGGGAGUAUCGGUUUCUGGGGGCAGCUUGUGUCAACUGUAGUUGCUGCUGUGAUUCUGUCCUUCUCCAUUGUUGUAACUGGGAAACCAACUUCACCUGCUACAUUCUAUGCAACCGCGAGUGGGAUCGCUGCUUCGUUUGUCUCUGUUUUCUGGUCGUUUGGUUAUAUCCGGCUCUCAGAGAGGCUCCUUCGAACUGCUGGCGACCCUGCCAAGGCACCGCCUCGUGCUGAUGUUGUGAAAGGUUUGAGAAGUGGGAUUAUGGUGAAUCUUCUUGGAAUGGGAGCGGCGCUUCUCGGGAUGCAAGCGACGGUUGGUUUUUUAGUCGCAAAGGCUUUAACAACUUCAGCUAAUCCUUUCUAUCAAGGAGUCUCUCAAGGAUACAGUCCCGUUCUUGCUCUCGAUGUCUUCCUCGUUCAGGCAUCGGCGAACACCUUGCUUUCUCAUUUCCUAGGUCUUGUUUGCUCGUUGGAGCUGUUACGGUCCGUGACAGUGCCUAACUCGGAAUCUUUCGUGGUUCCUAAGGUUGCUUGA